AUGUUACCACACUACACAGUGAACAGCAAUGGGAAGAAGUCGAGCGAGUGGCGGCCGAUCGAUCGACGCGCACGACACGCCGCAUGCCCGUCGACCGCCAUGCCCGGCGCACUCUUCCUCCGGACGGGCCCGAACCCGGACGCCCUCAACACGGCACCGGAUCCACCCGGACCACGACAGGUGGGAGUGGUCCCAAAGAAUGAGCUUCGCUCACGGAAAGCCUAG